AUGGCACCGGUGACGGACUUCGCAAUCAAGGACAACUAUAAGUACCUUGAAGGAUGGGGAAGCUAUCAUUCAUCAGAAGCAUUCCCAGGAGCAAACCCAGCGGUCAAUAACAACCCUCAAAAGCCUCCCUAUGGACUUCGCACAGAGAGGAUAAGCGGCAGUUCUUUCACGGCGCCUCGAGAUCACAAUCUUCAGACUUGGAUGUACCGAGCCACCUCUUCGUUGGAUCAUGAUGAAUUUGUUCCAUACAAUACCCACUCCACACCCACUCUUCCCAGUUUCCUGUCGCCCAACUCUUGCGUGUGGCUGGAAGUUCCUGUCGAGAGGGAUUCGGAUUGGACUUCUCAACGACUGCUCGCCCGAAAUGGGGACCCUGCGGCCAAAAACGGGCUUGCAAUCUGGCUGUUCUCCAUUACCCAGUCGAUGAAGCCUGCCACUGUCUUUUCUUCCCUCGACGGUGACUGUCUCAUUAUUCCACAGGCAGGAGCUCUCGACAUCCAAACCGAACUCGGCAAACUCCUGGUCCGCCAAAAUGAAAUCUGCGUCAUCCCUCGCGGUAUUCGAUACUGUGUUUCCCUCCCAGCCGGUCCCUGCCGUGGAUACAUCUGUGAAUUGUUUCAGGGACAUUUUCGACUCCCUGAUCUCGGCCCCGUGGGUUCCACCGGACUCGCCAACGUCCGCGACUUUCAAAUCCCUACCGCACACUUCGACGGCUCGGUGGAGGAUGGUGUCGCUGUUGCCAACGACACCGAGUAUACCGUCAUCUCUCGUCAAGCCGGUCGUCUAUGGUACUGCCGGCAGGACCACACGCCCUUCGACGUCGCUGCGUGGCAUGGCACGAACUAUCCAUAUAAAUACGAUCUCGCUCGCUAUUGUGUAUUAGGGAAUCUCCUUUUCGACGAGCAUGAUCCUAGUCUUUACGCCGUACUUACCGCGCCGUCAUAUCGUGAGCCUGGGUCUACAGUCGUGGACUUUGCAAUCAUUCCCCCGCGCUGGAUGGUGGCCGAAGACACAUUCUGGUUGCCGUAUUAUCAUAGGAACACGAUGACCGAGUUCUAUGGGCCAAUUGUCAAUGCACAGAGCAGCAGUCACCCAUUCAAUCAGGGACAGGAGUUCAAGCCGUUUGUUGCUGGGCUGAAUGGCAGUAUGACUGCCCACGGAGCAACGGAGGACGAAUAUGAGAGAGCAGCGAAUGCGGACCUGAAGCCAACGAAACUGAUGACGGAUGGGAUCACCUUGUUUUUGCUAGAAACGGAGGUACCGCUGUGUUUGAGUGAUUGGGCGGCGAAAGCGGCGCAGAAAAAUUUUAAGGCGAAGUCAAAGAGAGCUUCUAAAAUGUAG